GUCCUAACCUACAUCCCGCUGCACCUGCGCAAAAACAUCGUGCUCCUCGUGGGAGACUCGGAUGGAGCCCCGAUCAACAUCGGUAUCCUGCGUCGUCUCAAUCUCCAUGGGCACCCCGAGUACAAAUUCAACAGCGAAUGCAUGUUUGAGAAGAAGCACGACGAUUCCUUGAAGGAAUACCUCCGCGAGAACUACUGGCGCAUGAGCGAGAAGAAUUUCGCGGCACUCUUCGAACAGACUGAACGCUUCGAACCGAAGACCAUCUCCGGACAGCCGCACCAAGAGCCUCGAUUUACCCCGAUUGAGGGAGGACGGAAUCUGAGCGACGUCACCAUGUCCAGCGUCACCACAACGACCACCACGACGAAGAAGGUGCAGAAUGAGGAGACGGCUUCCUCUCAUUACUACAGUACCAUCGAGUCAUUACCUCCAGCACCAACAAGGCCGGCUCCACCACCACCGAUACCUCAGGUCCACCAGUCACCACCCCAAAGAGUAGAAGAACGUCUACCGGCUCCUCCUCCGAUCCCGCCACCACCCCCGCCUCAAGCUCUGACUCCGGAACGUCCGGUCCCUCCUCCACCACCUCCGCCUCCGCCUCCACAAGCCGCCAAGGCGCCGUAUCUACCGUAUGCUGAUGAUGCAGCGGAGACGAGGAGUGUUAGCGUUUCUGUUUCGGAAGAUGCCGACACCACGAUCACGAAAACCACAACCUACACCCGGGAGGUGUUCGGAACGGUGGAUAUGGAAUCAAGAGAGAUUGUGCACAGCUCUGUUGUUUCCUCAGAACAAGCCUCUCCAAGCCAACAUUCCCCUCAAUCUUGGGGCUCCGCACCGCCUACCCCUCCCAAAAAGGCCAAGGAGGAAGCGAAGGAGGCGUUUGGAUUGAGCCCUACCAAAACACCGCCACCCUUCGCCUACGGUACUAGCUCCCUGACGGAUAUGUUACUACGUGAGAAGCAGAGAGAGGAGGUCCAUUCCUCAAUUCAUCGAUCUACAUCCGGUUCCGCUCUGCAUCACAGCCACCAUUCGAGUGGCGAGCUUCCGCAUUAUCUACGCUCGGAGGGCAGUGAGUCAAGCAGCCGAGGGACUGUUAUCAACACAACAAAUAGGGACAGGGAGGGAAGAGCCGCUGAGGAAGAAGCAAUACGCAGGGCUACGGCCACCUCUUCGCCCCUUCCUCGACCCGCCAUGAGCUCGUCCCCUUUAGCCAAUUUCCACUUCCCCGAGGCCCCGCCCACCGGUCCGCCAACGUACUCAAAACGCGUAGAAAAGUUACCUCACGGACGUACUGUCAUUGAGGAGAAGGUAGUCCCCACCUCUCACGGCUAUUCCUCCACCGCCCACGUUGACUCGGCCCUCCAUCUGAUGGAUCGAUAUUCACCCCUGCCCGGCAAAUACGAGCAGCCACCAAGUGAAUACUCCAGUCGAUACGCCAAUAUUGGUUACGGCACGCUACCUAACCAACGCUACAGCGAGCAAACGAUUCUCUCUGCCGAUCCGCAACGCUCCGAUGAUUCUUCGAAUAACGGUGGUACGCUGUCGCCGAUGAAUGAUGGGACUGUUAGAUACGUCUUCGAUGAAAGAUCCCGUACCCACGUGCCGCAUGUCAUUAGUAAUGGCAGUAGCUCGGAAACGGCGACUGAAAACGACACCGGGGUUUACGCGUACGGUACGCUGCCGGAAAUCAGGGGCACUAGGAUUGGGCAGGGCGUCAUGCCGGUUAGAGAGACCGUAAUCGACGAUAUUCCGGUUGCUCCACCUAGGCCGCACCAUGGGACGGUCGAAAUUAUUGGAGGAAAUGAUCGUGAAGUACUCGUUGACGACGCCUUCCAACGCGAUUCCAACUCCAGACUAUCGCAACACCAUCUGAAGCCAACAACGGACGAGUACCACGCAGUCGAGUACUGUGACCUACGCAAAUCACGAGCAUCGAGCAACGCUGGC